UGACUGAUACAAAUCUUCAUGCUUGCCUAUGUUAAAAUAUGAGCAGUACGGUGUAAAAAUCAUUGAAAUUCGUUUCUCUGUCGUUUCAAUCACGGGUGACACAAGUUUUCGUCUCUUUUACUCUGCGCUCGGGGUGAAAUGAAAAAACACGUUUAAAUCGGCCUGAAUCAGUUACAGGGAAUCCAAAAUAGUCGGUAACAAAAUACAACACCAUUCAAUCGUACUUUUCAUUCAGGUUUCUCGAUCGGACCAGUUUGAGUGUGUGUUUUGUUGAUGACAAAUUCCAACUCAGUUAAUCGGGAAAAGUAAGCAAAUUUAAACGACAACAUCAACAAUUAAGAAUUGCGUGUGUGGCUGGCCACGAUAAUAGCAAUAAUGAAUAGCAUAGGAGAGAAUUGUAAUGAACUGAAGCAAGACUAUGAUGCAUGCUUCAAUGCAUGGUUUGCUGAAAAAUUCUUGCACGGUGAUACAAACGAUUCGGCAUGUGCGCCGCUGUUCAAAGUCUAUCAACAAUGCGUUAAGGCGGCGAUGCAAGACCAAAAAAUCGACUUGAAAGAAAUUGAAACAAAUCACUUAGGCACCGAACGGGAAUGUCAAACACCCGAGAAAAAAGAUGAAAAAUCAAAAGCGUCCCCUUCAAAGAGUUGAUCGAAUUCAACGAAUUCAGUUGUUUAAUCUAUAUUAUUAUUUUGUUCGACAUAUUGUAUUUAGCAACCAAAUAAAUGUAAAAUACACUGCCAAUUUACUCGGAAGUAAUGUAGUUAUUUACUUCAGUAAAGUGUAUCGAUGUAUAAA